AUGGAAUCCUCCAGCAAGGCCCCCGUCAAGCUCGUCAAGGUGACCCGAGUUCUCGGCCGUACCGGCUCUCGUGGUGGUGUCACCCAGGUCCGUGUCGAGUUCAUGGACGACCAGACCCGUUCCAUCAUCCGAAACGUCAAGGGACCCGUCCGUGAGGACGACAUCCUUUGCCUGCUCGAGUCCGAACGUGAGGCCAGACGUCUGCGAUAA